GCUGGAAUCGAUGGUCGGUGUUGGGCUUGGAUGGGUAAGUGUGUAUGUCCCAAUAUUAAUUGGUAUGAAUUUACCAGACAAUUCCAUCCUCCAUCCUGACAAUUGCUGUGAUAAGCCCACUCACAGAUGCUGGCGGUGGGAUAGAUAAUCCCGGUGAGGUAAACAGAUGCUUCCAGAUACGCUAGUGGAGUGGGCAGAUGAUGUCAAGUGUCAUUCUAGGCCCAUCGCCGUCCACGCCUAACCGCACUGCCUAACUGCACCCUAAGCUCCAGGGGCGGUCAUGCCUAACCAUGCCUAAACCGCCCCCCAGCUGGCCCUUAACCGGCCCCCGGAACUGCCUCCAAACCGCUGGACCCUCGCCUACCCCAUUCAGCCUAGUGCCGGCAGCUGCUCUCCGCCUGCCUGUUUCUGUGCUCCCCCUCGCCUUCUUCUUCUCCUUUCCUUUCGUCGACCUUCAAUCCUUCCUUCAAGGCAAAUCUCAACAUCUCCCGUUGUUGCAAUCCAACAAAGAUUUCCCCCUCUCCUCCCCCCCUCAACUCUCCGUAUCUAGGGCACCAAGCUACCCUUUGAACUCCUCAACCCCCCUCUUCAAGUUAAUUUCCCAUCUCAAGCAAUUUAAUUUCAAUAAAGGCAGCCUUUUCAAAGCUACCUGAGUCCUUGACACACACAACCGGUGUUCAAUCUCUCGCCACUUUCAAACCACCAACCACCAAAAAAA